AUGGCUUCGCCCUCUGUCGGGACCCCUGACGCCAGUACUCCUAGGCUCGGCGCCACCAAAGACAAGAACUGCCGCUUCUGUGGCCAGGCCUUCACCUCUUCCUCCCUCGGCCGGCACCUCGAUCUCUACAUCAGAGAAAAGAACCCGAAACUGCCCGACGGUAUCCACGAUGUCGAUGAGAUCAGAAAAAUGCGAGGCGGCAUCACCAGACGACAGCCGCGGGGCUCUACCGGCGGCAAACGAGAAUUCAGUGGUACUCCUGCUGGAACACCCAAAACAAACCCCAAAAGGAAGAUUCGAACGACCUCGACUCCCGGUACCCCCAGGCCAGCGCAGAUACCCAAAGACGGCCAGUAUCUGGUUGAUUCGACAUUGAGCAAGUUUCCUUAUACCGGCGUCAUUAACGAUAUUCCCCCCAAGGUCGCCGCCGAAAACGUACCAAACACGGAAGCCGUCAAACGUCCUGUUACUGGACGAACUGUCAGCAAGCAAGCGGCCCAAAAGGCUCAGUUCGAGUUGAAUCAGAAGCUGCAAGAUGCCAGGGACAAUGCCCGCGCCGGCGAACUGGCCCUGCUAGAAAUAAUAGGCUCUUGGAGAUCUGCAAAGCAAGAAAUUACCAACAGCUCGAAUCCGUUUGAUUUCGACCCUCUCUCUCUAGACUUCCCUGCUCUCACCUUGCAAUGUCUGAAACCGCCGCCAACACUUUUCUCGUCGACCCAGCACGCCACCUCGACGUCAUGGUCCGUUCAGUCGCCAGGCGAGCGUGAAUUCAGUGUCCUUCAGUUGUACUUUGAAGAUGCUUUCAAAGCCUGGAAAGUUACUUGUGCCUCCGCAACUACCGCCGCCACGGAGGAAUUGAUCAUGCUACCGAACGGAAGGUCAGCCUGGAAUCUCCAAGACGCUGUCCGAAAAGCAGAGCGUGACGCUUCCACUUUCGAAACACAAGUUGCCGAGCAUAUACAGUCUGCCUUUGCCGCAUGGGCUGCUCUGCCGGAGCAACGGCGGGACGAGCUCUGGGUGCUGGAACUGGCGCGUGGUGUCGGCAGAAAGCAAAAGGACCUUGACAGAUACAAGGAUGAGCAGCACCGCCUCAAACAGGAGAAUACCCAUCUCAAGACCCAGGUCGAACAAUUAAACCGACUGCAGCAACCCCGAGAGUUCAAGCUUUUGUCACCCACCACGUUCCCUGUAGAUCGGGAAUUGGUGGCGAAGGCCUACGGAGCGGGUGUCCGCGGCGCCAAGAGCAUUGGGUUUGACGUUGAAGACCGCCAGUUCGAUCUGAAGACUGUUGUUGAGAGGUCCAUUGGCCGAUGGAAAAGCGUCAUUACUUCAACUCGCAUCUCGUCAUCGGGCAUGAGUGCGCAAAAGCCUCUGGAGCCGCCCGAGAGCCCUGCCGCAUCGGGCAGCGCUGCAAGCCCGGCCCAAUCCCAGCAAGCGAGAUCCCACAAACCCUCCUUCGCCGAGUCGACCCAGCCGGGACCAUCCCAGGAUAAACGACCAUCCGUCGUCAGUACAAACGAUCACGAGAGUGAGCAGACGAGGCGGUCAGCUUCCAACACAGCUCCUCCCUCCGUGGCCGAGACGAGCGAUCGAGACGCUGACACUGAUGAGGACGCCGAUGUCGACGCCGAUGCCGACGCCGAUGCCGACGUCGAAGCUGACGCCGAUGCUGAUGAAGAGGCUGAUGAAGACGCCGACGCAGAGAUGGAAGACGACGACAGCUUCGCCAUGAUGAAUGCCUCCCCCAUGAAACAAACGCAGGCUCCCAUGCAGCAGCAAGCCGCGCAACUGGACGUGCCUAGGACGCGGGCCCAGGCCCAGCAGAUCUCCGGCGACAUCCGCUUCAUGAUGCCCAAUGCUAGCACCAGCCCCGCCACGCGGAACUCGAUGGGCAUGAGCCGCUCGAUGCCUGAUUUGGGCAUGACCAUGCCAACGAAUACUAUGCAAGAGAUCGGCAUGGCCAUGCAGGGCGUACAAAGGGACAUGUACAGGGACUGA